CAGUAGUAGUACAAAGUGUAAACAGUAACACACACGACACAAGAACAAUGAGUUAUUGUGUGCAUGUCUUAUAUGAUGGAUAUUCGAAAAUGGAGAAUGGGAAAAUGAGAGCUAAUUGCUCCUGUACUCUGAUUAAAGGCCCAAAUAAUAUGAUAGUUGAUACUAUGACGGCUUGGGAUAAGGAAAAGUUACUGUCAGGUCUUGACUCCAGUGGAGUAAGCUGUGAUGAUAUUGCUUAUGCUGUUGGAACUCAUGGUCAUUCAGAUCAUCUUGGCAACCUUAAUCUCUUCACCAAGGCUAAACAUAUUGUUGGCUUUACAGUUUCAUAUGGUGAUGAAUUCUUCAUUCAUCCCUUUGAGACAGGGGAAGCAUUCAAGAUUGAUGAUUCCCUUCAAGUGAUCCCCACCCCGGGCCACACCUCAGCUGAUGUUAGUGUUGUAGUUAAAACAAAGGACCUUGGCACUGUUGUGGUUGCAGGUGACCUCUUUGAACGAGAAGAGGAUAUUGCAGAUCCAUCUCUCUGGAAAUACAUUGCAGGAAGUGAGGAUCCAGAGUCACAGGAAAAACAUAGGAAUGAAGUCCUUCUUUUAGCAGAUUAUAUUAUCCCAGGUCAUGGCCCAAUGUUUAAGGUAACCAGCCUUAUGAAGGAGACAGCCCUGGGAUCAGCAGCUUGUAAUGAUAAGUAACAGUAUUGCAAACAAAUGUAGGUGUUAGCCAAACCUUUGCCAAAUAGGUCUUUGAUAAUACAUACCGGGGUAUACAAAAAAAUGCUUGCUGUGCAUUAGUGUCUCAGAGCCCUCAGAAGUUGUCCUAAAAAAUACACCAAUCUAGUAACUUUUACAGCAACUAUGAACAGAUGGGCAGGUAAAUGAAGGGGUAUCAAUCUUUAGUUUCUUUUUUAUUUCACUUUUAUGUUCUUACAGGUGCAGGAAGCCAGUACAGUACAGUACUGUAUAUACAGUAUGUACAUCUAAACCUUCCAGUUUGAUGUGUACUGUACUGGAAUUUCAGUUAACUGAAUACCCUGUAUAGGAUUUUCAGUUGUUUUAGAUAUUGUUAGUUUUAAGUACUGUAGCUCAGUAUUUAAUGAAUCCUACUUAUUGUUGACACCAUAUACCUCAUUAUAAUCCAGAAGAUACUCAAUUAUUUUUUUUCUCUUGUAGUAAAUGUACUUAUCAGGUGCCUUUUAAUGGAGCUGCAGCCCUUAAAAGGUUCAGCCUUGUCAUAUUGUUGCUGUGUAACUUGUCUUUAAGUUCUGGGUAAAGAAAUUUUUUAAUUUCUGUUCA